AUGAAACGGCAACAAAAAAGGAAACAUUUGGAAGAUAAAGAGUCCCAGGAAACUGGCGAGAAGGGAGGAGGAAUCUCGAGGUCACAAGAGGAUGCUCCUCAGCUCGGAUUGACCAAAGUGGCCAAAGGCUGUGGCACAGGGGCAGAGGAGGCCUCCUCUGCCUCCGAAUACUUCUCCUGUGUUUCUUCUCCAAGCAAGCUCGUCCAUGGCAGAAUCCAGAAAUCACUUCAAGACAGUCCCCAGCCUAGAUCAACCCUAGCCCAUGUUCAAGAACAAGGGGAGACUGCUCCCCUCUCACCACAUGUUUCCUUAUCAUCCCCUUUAUCUGAUAAGACCUGUGUGACCUCUCAGUAUAUGAACAAAGAGGAGAGGGGCAUGAAAGUAUAUUACAUGCAGGUACAAGUGAAAAAGGGUGUAGCUGUCUCCUGGGAGACAGAGGCAACCCCAGAGUCACUAAAAAAGAAGCCGAUGGUGGAAGAGGUGAACCUUCCCGAGAAUGUACAAGUAGGUACGCCCCCCUCUGAGGUGUCCACCAGAAACCUCCUGUGUGACAGUGAGACCCGAGAAGAGGUGAAAGAGCAUGAGGAGAGAGGAGAAUCAAAGGGCCUGGCAGGAUUGUCCGCAGUCGAGGAGACACCCAGGGCUAAGACACCUGACUGGCUGGUGACUAUGGAGACUGGCUUCAGGUGCAUGGCCUGCUGCAGGGUCUUUCCCACCUUGGAGACCCUCCAAGAUCAUGUGCAGGUAGGGAUUAGGGAGGGCUUCAGCUGCCACGUCUUUCAUCUCACCAUGGCUCAGCUGAGGAGCAAUAUGGAAUCAGAGAAGAUCCAGGAGAAGGAGGAGGAGGAGGAGGAGAACGAUGGAGAGGAAGACAAGAAAGAAGAAAAAGAAAUGGAGGGGGAGCCGCCCACAGGGUAA